CAGCAUGCAGGGCAGAUGUGGCGAGUGGGUGAGGCAGGCGAGUUGAGACGAGACGAGACGCGGCGGGUGCUAGGCUAAGGGGUUAUUUUGGGAGCUUGGGAGACGCUGGGGUGAGGUAAGCGGUAGGGCUGAACUGGCUGCGAUGCUGAGUGUGCGCAGCACAGCAAAACAGAGCGCAGGGUGUAAGGUUGGAAUGUGCACACCGCAUCGUAUCGCGCGGGAGUGCGAUGACGGAAUGUUAGGUGAUGGCUUGAUGGGGAUGGCGGUGCAUGUGCGUCGCCGGGCAGUUUCGCUUCCGGGGUUCGCGGCGGCGACGCGGCGGGUAGGGAAGGGUUCUGGAAGGGAGGAUCCGACUCGAUCGAGAUGCGAGUCAACUAGGUGGUCGGCGGAGUUGGCGGUGAGUGCGGAUUCGAGAGUGGGUCUGGCGGUGGAGAAGGUCUGGGGUAAUGGUCGGGGAGGGUAGGACGGGGUUUUCGUUUGUACGCUGUUGGGAGUUGGAGCUGACCGACGGUCACAGAAUACGAGUUCAUGAUGCAUUGUGCAGU